AUGGCGUCAAACAAAAGAGUCAUACUCAUCACUGGCGCCAAUUCGGGAGUCGGGUACGAUACUUCGCACAUCCUUGCCAACGCCUCAGCAGACAACCAUGUCAUCAUGGCCGCCCGUUCAGAAACCAAAGGCCGCAAAGCUCUUCUUGAAAUAGAAGCUCGCAAACCGGCUGGCACGCUGAGCUUCCUCGAGCUUGAAAUUGCCUCUGUUGACUCCACCAAAGCGGCCACCGUGCAAUUGGCAGUGAGAUUCGAUGCUAUCGAUGUCUUGGUCAACAAUGCCGGCAUUUAUAGCCAUGACGCUCCUGUCUCACGCGAGCACCUCCAAGAGGUCUUCAACACGAAUGUAUUUGGCGUCCUGUUGUUGACUUGGGCUCUGGAGCCCUUGCUGAAGACGUCUGUCGACCCUCGAAUCAUCAACGUUUCGUCUUCGCUCGGCUCCAUCGCCCUUUGGAUGGACAAGUCCAUCAGGGAGUACCAUGUGACUGGCGAGGUAUAUCGCAUGAGCAAGGCAGCCCUCAACAUGUUGACCGCAUCCAUGGCCUACCAGUACAGAACUUGGGAGCAUCCUGCCAAGCUUUGGGCAUGA